GUCCCCUGGUGCUGUACGGCGGCCACAGCGGCUGGGUCACCUCCAUGGCCCUGCUGCCUCCCGCCACCAACACAGCGGCCGCAGCGCCUUACGGUGGUGGCAUGACGAUGAGCAGCAGCAGCAUUGUGAGCGGCAACUCGUACCGGCUACUGCAGGGCUACCAGACCACCUGGGAGCCCAGUGCGCUGCCCGCCCCCGCCCUCGCCACCUCCUACGAGCCCAGCCUCGUGACUGCGAGCACGGAUUGGACGGUUCGGCUGUGGAACGCUGCUGACGCGGCUGGCAACAGCGGCGAUGGCGACGACGGUGCAGCUGGUGGUGAUGGCGCUGCUGCUACUGUGACGGGAGUCGCAGGCGCAACAGCAGUGGAGGUGGGCGAGGCAACGUUGCGUUGCAAUCGGCCGCGUGCCGUGAUGAUAGGCCACGGGUCCGCCGUCACAGCGCUGUGUGUUGACAAGGCCGCAGAUCACGGCGCCGCCAUUAUCUCGGGCGCGCAGGACGGCAGCGUCUGCAUCUGGUCCGCUGAUGGACGCCGACGGCAGCUGCUGCCCGGCCACGGCGGUGC